UCGCACUUGUGGAUACGGAAAACGUUCUAUGCCUAGAAAGUUAUUUCUCUUUGAUACAAUUUUAUCAUUAAAAAAUUAUAUAUUUAUAUUAUAAUUAUAAACAUUUAAAAGUGAAUCAAUAAUGUCGACGAAAACCACAGUGGAUUUAAGAGCCGAAUUAGCGGAACUUGUAAAGCGUAAAGCUGAAAUUGCUGAUACAUUAGCAAAUUUAGAACGUCAAAUCUAUGCAUUUGAGGGAAGUUACUUGGAAGAUACACAACUAUAUGGAAAUAUAAUAAGAGGAUGGGACAGAUAUUUAGCCAGCAAUAAAAAUACUAAUAGCAAAGCUGAUAAGCGUAACAGAAAAUUCAAGGAAGCUGAAAGAUUAUUUUCUAAAUCAUCCAUCACAUCGAUGGCGGCUGUUAAUGGUCUUGUGGAGAACACACAAGAAAAAAUUGAACGAUACAGUGAAUCGGAGUCUCAAAUUGGAAACAGUGGCAGUGAGGAUAAUUGCAACUUCAACAAUUCUAAUACAAUCUCUAGCAAUAACAAGGAAACAAGUGGGAAGAAUCAUACUUCUGUACAAGCCGGAUAUACUCAAAAUAAUGGCACUGUUAGCAACCCUGAUUCUGCUUCCACCACUUUCUCCAAUGGACCUAUGUCCAAUGGCAACAUAGAACAUGUUCCUACACCAAUCAAGGAUUGCCAUAGUAACAGCAAAGACUCCAAUAAAACCAAAUCUACUAAUAGUGCUAAGAAAAAUAGUAACAAAAGAUCAAGAAACAGAUAGAAUUAAUAAUGAUCAUUAAAUUACAUGCUUCUCUUUGUGUUCACAAGUGACAUUAUUAUUUAUGGACAAAUUUCUAUUUCAUCAAAGUAAUUUAAUGCAAACAUCAAAGUGUAUUAAGGUAUCAAAGUAUCGACAUUAGAAAAAGGAAUACGAGUCGUUGUUUACAAAAAAUGAAAGAAAAAUAGGUUUCAAAAAAAAUGAUUAAAUUUGAAAAGCAAUGUGCUCCGAAUGAACUUUUUUAACCAUUCGUACCUUUGAUGUAAAAAAAAAUUAAAUUUAGCGCGCACAAUGCGUUUUUAAUAAAUUAAUUACGUAAUUAUAAUAUAUAAUUAAAAACAAAAAGAGAGAGAGAAAGCUAUCAGCGUUCUUAUAAUUGCAAUCAUCGUCAUUGUUAAAUACUUAUAAAAUAUCUAUAUUAAUUGUAUGGAAAUGUUUUUCUAUACAAUAAUAAGCUAAAUGCAGUAAUAAAAUGGACAGAAUCUUA